AUGGCAUUCAAGUGUCUCAGGUUCUCCAAAUUCCAUUAUUCUUGUUCCAUUUCGUUCACCACUACCCAUUCUGGUUAUGGUUCUGAUUCUUCCACACUUGUGGUGGUGGAUACCCUCAUCUCCAUCUUCACCAAAGGACCCAACAGCGACAUUAACACCACUGAACAACUGAACCGGGUGGCACCCAUUCUCACCUCUCACCACGUGGAAACCGUCCUCACGCGCCUCCGCAGCUGGAAAGUCGCUCAAACCUUCUUCAACUGGGCCUCCAACCAACACCAACAUGGCUAUCGCCACAGUUGCUACACCUACAAUGCCAUGGCUUCAAUCUUGUCCCGUUCCCACCAGAGCGCUCAACUCAAAACCCUCGCUAAAGACAUCACAAAUUCACCUUGUUCCUUUACCCCUGGCGCGUUGGGUUUCUUCAUUCGGUGUCUGGGCAGCGUUGGGUUGGUGCAAGAAGCCAACGAGGUGUUUGAUGAAAUGAAAAUGAAGGGUCUUUGCGCUCCCAAUGAUUAUUGUUACAAUUGUUUGUUAGAGGCUAUAUCAAAGUCAAAGUCAGAGUCUGGCUGCGUUGACUUGAUGGAGAAGAGGUUAAAAGAGAUGCGGGUGUUUGGGGGGGAAAUUGAUAAGUACACCCUGACCCCGGUGAUGCAAGUUUAUUGCAAUGCACGCAUGUUUGAACAAGCUUUGAGUAUGUACAAUAUAAUGCGGGAGAAGGGUUGGGUUGAUGAACGUGUUUACUCUAUGCUGGCCUUGUCUUUUAGCAAGUGGGGUGAGGUGGAUAAGGCGUUUGAGUUGGUGGAGAGGAUGGAUGAACAAGGAAUGAGACUAAAUGAAAAGACUUUUUGUGUUUUGAUUCAUGGGUUUGUCAAAGAGUCCCGCGUGGAUAAAGCCCUCCAGUUGUUUGAUAAAAUGCGCAAGGCUGGUUUCACUCCUCAUGUUUCCUUGUGUGAUGUUCUGAUUGGAGGACUGUGCAGAAGUAAAGACACUCACAGAGCUUUGGCCUUGCUUUCGGAAAUGAAGGAAUUUGGUGUUCAACCUGAUGUUGGAAUCCUUACAAAGUUGAUAUCGUCUUUUUCGGACACAAGCAUGAUUGUCAGAUUACUAGAAGAAAUUCUGGAAGAGGAAGAUGACCAAACUCUUGUUUUGGUUUACAAUGCUGUUUUGACUGGUUAUGUCAGUGACGGGUUGAUGGAUAAAGCUUAUCACCUUCUUAAGAUGAUGAUUCAAAGCAAAUAUAGUAGUACUGAUGCCCAGAUGGAUACUUUCCUCAAGGUCAAGAGAUUGGUUUUUCCGAAUACCACUUCCUUUAGCAUUGUAAUUGAUGGCUUCCUCAAAAGUGGUCAAUUGGACCUUGCCCUGCACCUCUUCAAUGAUAUGCAACGGUUUAUUGGUAAACCAAAUGUUUUGAUUUACAACAAUCUGAUCAAUGGUCUCUGCAAUUCGAAUAGAUUGGAGGAAAGCCGCGAGCUCUUGAGCGAGAUGAAAGAAUCAGGAAUUGAACCAACUCAUUUCACUUACAACUCAAUAUAUGGUUGCCUGUGUAAAAGAAAGGAUGUUUUAGGAGCAGUCAAUAUGUUGAAGGAGAUGCGGGCAUGCGGUCAUGAACCAUGGAUAAAACAUUCCACCCUUCUUGUGAAAGAGCUAUGUGAUCAUGGGAGGGCUGUAGAAGCACGUGACUUUCUUGACAAAAUGGUUCAACAAGGUUUCCUUCCUGAUAUAGUUUGCUAUUCUGCAGCAAUUGGUGGCUUGAUCAAGAUUCAAGAAGUGGAUCAAGCAUUGAACUUAUUCAGGGAGUUGUGUUCUCGUGGCCACUGUCCUGAUGUGGUUGCAUAUAACAUAUUGAUAAGGGGGCUCUGCAAGGCCAACAGAGUCACAGAGGCUGAAAAUUUGUUGGAUGAGAUUGUUGAAAGGGGUCUUUCUCCCUCAGUUGUGACCUACAAUCUGUUUAUAGAUAGUUGGUGCAAAAAUGGUUCUAUUGAUAAGGCUAUGGCUCUUCUUUCCAGAAUGUCUGAAGAAGACAGGGAACCCAAUGUCAUUACAUACUCAACUUUAGUGGACGGGUUAUGCAGAGCAGAAAGGCCUGAUGAUGCUCUCUUGGUUUGGAAUCAGAUGGAAACAAAAGGUUGUCCUCCAAAUCGAAUUGCAUAUAUGGCACUUAUUCAUGGUCUUUGCAAAUGCUUUAGGCCAACUUCAGCACUUCGUUAUUUUCGUGAGAUGGAACAGAAAGAAAUGAAAGCUGACUCCUUCAUUUAUGUUACAUUGCUAAGUGCUUUUCUAUCUGAUCUGAAUUUGACCUCUGCAUUUGAGGUUUUUAAAGAGAUGGUUGAUUCAGGAUAUUUUCCAGAAUCCCAUGAUAAAAAUUACUCCAUUGCAAUAGAUGCAAUAGUCAAAUUUUCUAAGGAUCAUAGAACGUCCUCAGGAAUCCUAGUUCUAAUGGAAGAGGGAAAAAUUCCUACACAUUUUAUGUGA